CGAGAGUCAUAUGGAAAAAUACUCUGUUUGGAUGAUUCUUCCAAAUACUCUACAAUGAAUCUUACAGAAGUGAACCAAAGCGAUGUGUGUCAGGAAUUUUCGUGUCCAGAGAGAUCUGUUUCUCUGUCUGUCUAUGUGAUUCUGUAUGUGGCUGCAGCAGCUGUGUCUCUGCUGACCGUGUGUGGAAACCUGCUGGUCAUCAUCUCUGUUAGUCACUUCAAGCAGCUCCACACACCUGCUAACAUCCUCAUCCUCUCUUUGGCUGUGUCUGAUCUCCUCGUUGGAGUUUUUGUGAUGCCACUACAUUUGUCUUGGGUCAUUGAGUCAUGUUGGACUUCUGGACCGGUGAUGUGCUCUGCUUUAAAAAUAGUGAAUUUUCAAGCAACAAGUGUGUCUGUUCACACUGUGGCUCUGAUAGCAGUUGAUCGUUUUUUGGCUUUAAGUUCUCCUUUUCUUUACUCAGAGAAAGUCUCACCCACUGUGAUCUGCAUAGUGUCUCUAUUUAACUGGUUGUUUUCACUCUUUUAUAACUUCACUCUUCUGUUUGUUAAUGGAAACUUCACUGAUGUUACCUGUCCAGGAAUAUGUAUUGCUAUUAUAGAUGGGAUUUCAUCAUUUAUUGAUCUCAUAGUUGUUUUUCUUAUGCCUUGUACACUUAUUAUAAUAUUAUACACUCAUGUUUUUGUCAUUGUUAAAAGACACGUGACUGCUAUAAGAGGCCUUCAGGUUCACAACAGCGCAGGAUCCUCCAAAAACAGAGUCAGUGACAAAUCAGAGCGAAAAGCUGCGAUACUGCUGGGUAUUCUGGUCAUUGUGUUUCUUCUGUGUUUACUGCCAUAUUAUAUUUGUUCUUUAGUGAUUCCAUACAGUGGUGAUGAUUUGUUUGAUGUCAGAGAUGUUGUUGUUAUAGUUUUCUUCCUGAACUCCACCAUUAAUCCCAUCAUUUAUGCUUUAUUCUAUCCAUGGUUUCAGAAAAGCUUAAAAUUAAUUUUCACAUUUCAAGUGUUUAAUAAAGACUCAUCUCUGAUGAAUGUGCUAUAA